GUACGGUCACCCGGCAGCCCAAAGUCCUACACCCGUCUUCUUCUAAAUGCUGUGCCCAUGAUAAAAACUCUUCUUUCUGGUUUUUGAUUCGAUCAAAGGAAAAUAAUAAAUGAUUAACAAAGAGGGGGGGGGGGAGAAUGAGAGAUAAUCGAUAAAUGGGAAAGGUUACAGUACAUCUGUAUUUUGGUUUUUUCUGGAGCAUUGUAUUCUACUGGUGAGCUUCGGAGAGGAGAAGGUAGUCCCUGAGAUUUCUGGGUCUUUGAGCAGAGAGGCUACUUCUGUACUUAGUUCAAGUCCGGUGCCGUGUUCUUCUGGGCAGAGCUGACACUCCUCCCUUCAGCUCCUACAGGCCGAUCAAUCGAGGGGUCAGAAGACCCUUUGGGGGGGGGGUUGGAUACUGAUUUACUCCACGUGAUCUGCUAUCUUCGUUUUCCUUCUAGGUUUAACUCACUGGUUUUUGUUUUGAUUACUGUGUUUCGUGGAGUUUGGAGGAGUAAAGUUGUAAUUUCUAGGUUUUACUGGGGGAAUUUAUCAUCUGGGCUUGGCGGCUGACGCUUCUUUGCUGCUUAGUGUGCUGGGAGGGGGGGCAUUGGAGGGGGUGGUGUUCGGUGUACGGGGGCUUUUGAUGAUAUCUGAGAUUAAGUCCUCAGGGUUUUCAAGAGAUGGGGUUGGGUGCUGAUAAUGGUAAGGUGGAGUCUUGGGAUGUCAGCAAAUCAAAGGGGAAGAAGAAGAAGAAGAAAGAUGAAGGCGUUGUGGAAGAGGAAGAAAUCGGGUGUUGGGCUGGGCUGAGGUUCAUUGGCAGUUGCAUUUCUUCGAGAUCCAAGGUUGAUAGCUCAGUCAGCAGCAUCAGCACUCAUUACGCUGAAAGUAAAUCAACUAAUGGUACAAGUAGAGAUCAACCAACAGCUCCAGUAGUCUCUUCUACAACCACAAGUAACGCAGAAAGUAAUUCAUCCACCUCCAAACUUGAAGAGGAGCUUAGAGUUGCUUCCAGGCUCCGAAAGUUCUCAUUCAAUGAUCUUAAGCUGGCAACAAGAAACUUCCGGCCUGAGAGUCUUCUUGGUGAAGGUGGGUUUGGUUGUGUAUUCAAGGGAUGGAUUGAAGAAAACGGAACUGCACCCGUGAAACCUGGCACAGGGCUCACAGUUGCUGUAAAAACCCUCAAUCAUGAUGGGCUCCAGGGUCAUAAAGAAUGGCUGGCCGAAGUAAGUUUUCUUGGUGAUCUAAUUCAUCCCAACCUCGUUAAACUUAUAGGCUACUGCAUUGAAGAUGAUCAAAGGUUGCUGGUUUAUGAAUUCAUGCCUCGGGGAAGCCUGGAGAACCACUUAUUUCGGAGAUCUCUGCCGCUUCCAUGGUCCAUUAGAAUGAAAAUUGCACUUGGGGCUGCAAAGGGUCUGGCUUUUCUUCACGAGGAAGCUGAACGGCCUGUAAUAUAUAGGGAUUUUAAAACUUCCAAUAUCCUAUUGGAUGCCGAAUAUAACACCAAGCUUUCAGAUUUUGGACUUGCCAAAGAUGGUCCGGAGGGUGAUAAAACCCAUGUAUCAACCCGGGUGAUGGGAACUUAUGGUUACGCAGCACCAGAAUAUGUCAUGACAGGUCAUCUUACAUCAAAAAGUGAUGUGUACAGUUUUGGAGUUGUUCUUCUUGAGAUGUUGACUGGCAGAAGAUCUAUGGACAAAAACCGACCCAAUGGUGAACAUAACCUUGUCGAAUGGGCUCGGCCACAUCUGGGAGAGAGAAGAAGGUUCUAUAGGUUGAUAGAUCCUCGGUUAGAAGGUCACUUUUCGAUAAAAGGAGCUCAAAAAGCUGCCCAAUUGGCUGCUCACUGCCUUAGCAGAGAUCCAAAAGCUAGACCUUUAAUGAGUGAAGUCGUAGAAGCUUUAAAGCCUCUGCCAAAUCUUAAAGACAUGGCAAGCUCAUCAUAUUAUUUUCAGACAGUGCAAGCUGACCGAUUUGGUGCCAGUCCUAACACUCGAAAUGGCCGAACACUGCUUACCCGCAAUGGGCAGCAGCAGAGGAGCCUUUCUAUACCUCAUGGAUCUCAUGCAUCUCCUUAUCACCAUCAGUUUCCCCUACGAUCCCCUAAACCUAUUGGCAAAACAUAGAGUUAAGGAUUUUUCUAUCUUUUUUCCUCCUUUUCCAUUUUUAUGAUCCCUUGCUUUCUCAGUAUAGAUGUACUGUGUCAUGUGAAACCAGUCAUGGAUAACUUGAGAGCUAAAAAAGCAUUCUGCUUCAUGGUUUAUGUUAGCUAAAAAAGCAUUCUGCUUCAUGGUUUAUGUUAUGUGUUAGGUGAAGCUUAUUAAGCAGCAUGUCCAUGUCAGUUCUUCGACCAAUAUGUUUCCUCAGGUCGCUUGCAAACACUGAAGAUUAAUAUCAUCUCUUUCAUACUAA